GAUCCGUGUAGGUGAGGGAGAAAAGGAAGGGCUCGGCCGGCGCCGGGACCUCUUCUGAGGGAAAGGGACAAGUCCCCUCCCCCCCCGGCCCUUUAAGAGGCGUCGGGAGGCGAAAAGGGUCUUUUUAGACCGGCUGGGACAAGGGUCUUCUCUUCUCCCCGGCCUCCCCCUUUUCCCCUGAGGUAAAAGAGAAAGGGGGAGAGGCUGGUGAACAGAGAGCUACCCCCCCCCUUUAUUUUCCUUUUUUUAAUUCGGGAAAGGGGAAAGGCCUCUUCUCUUCAAGGCUGGUGGAAGAACUGGGGAACCCUGAUUUGCGGCGGCGGCGGCGGCCUUGGAGAAACGUCAAGAAGGACCUUUUUUUGUGCGCCUCGUCUAGGUUGGAGUUAUUUUCUCUUGGGUGCCUGAGUGGGAACAAGGACUUAGGGUCCUGGAUGUUUUAAAAAUCGAAGUCAAGGCUGAAGAUACCUAAUGGGCCGAUGCUCCGUUGAAAUGCCUUGCAAAGACGACGCCUUGUUCGUUCUGAGUGUGAAGUGACAGAAAAUACUUUUUCGUUUUAAAAAGAGACAGCCAAGGGGGUUUGGAUUUCCCCUUGGCUUCAGCCUCGGCCUUUUUGUCCAUUUCUGCUGUUUAGGGAAAUCGAGGAAGCUGCUUGAUACGUGACAAUCUUUUUUUGUAUUUUUUUUUUGGUCCUCGCCACCUCUGGAUAUGAUUCAUUUGCAGUCCGAGUGGUGCUUUCAUAUCGUGAAGACGCGUGGGAAAUAAAUAGGGUUUUCAGUAUUAUGAUGAUGAUCGCUUGCUUGGGGAAGGAGACAUGUCUACGGGUUUGAGAACAAAACUCUAACCUCUUGAUUGACGUGAAUAAGGGGAGCCAAGCCCUGAAACAUGAAGAUAGAUUCCUGUAUUGGAGUAAGAGCUCAGACAGCUCUCAUGUGCCAUUUGCCCUUUCAGAGUGGUUUGUAAACGAAGUGGCUUAGACCCUUUGGAGACAGAAGAUUUCCUCCAGUCAUUUUUUAAAAAAAUUGAAUAUAUCUGCAACCCUCCUAGAUUUCUCCGAAUAUGACAGCCUUACUGCAGUACCUUUUGCUGGUGCUCCUCUUCACCAGUUCCACCUUACUAUUCAGCACUGCGGCUGCAGCCCAGAGUGAAGAGAUAACAUGUGCUUUCAGGGACUUAUACCAAAAUGAUCAUGGGAUUAGUGAAAGUCGAAUUUCUCAAGAGAAUGGCACAGUACUAUGCAUGAAAGGCAAUACCUGCUAUGGUCUGUGGGAGAAAAUGCGAGAAGGAGACAUCCAUCUUGUGAAACAAGGAUGUUGGUCCCAUAUUGGAGAUCCUCAGGAGUGUCACUCUGAGGAGUGCAUAGUAACAUCCACCCCUUUGUCAAUUCAAAAUGGGACGUAUCGUUUCUGUUGCUGUAGUACCAACAUGUGCAACGUCAACUUCACAGAGGACUUUCCACCUCCAGAUCCUACUGAGCCAACACCUUUCAAUUCAUCUUACUCACUUCGUCAAGAUGAAACAAUUGUUAUUGUUCUGGCAUCAGUGUCUGUAUUGGCUGUUUUGGUGGUUGCUCUUUUCUUUGGAUACAGGAUGCUUACUGGGGACCAUAAACAAGGUCUGCACAGUAUAAAUAUGAUGGAAGCAGCAGCAUCAGAGCCCUCAUUAGAUCUUGAUAAUUUGAAGCUCCUGGAGCUGAUUGGUAGAGGACGGUAUGGAGCAGUGUACAAAGGUUCCUUAGAUGAGCGUCCAGUGGCUGUAAAAGUAUUUUCUUUUGCUAAUCGUCAAAACUUCAUCAAUGAGAGAAAUAUCUACAAAAUUCCACUAAUGGAACAUGACAACAUUGCCCAUUUCAUUGUGGGAGAUGAGAGAAUCACCUCAGAUGGACGGAUGGAGUCUUUACUAGUGAUGGAAUAUUAUCCCAAUGGCUCUUUGUGCAGGUAUUUGAGUCUUAAUGCUAGUGACUGGGUGAGCUCUUGUCGUUUAGCACACUCUGUAACUAGAGGGCUGGCCUAUCUUCAUACAGAAUUAUAUCGAGGAGAUUGCUAUAAACCUGCCGUCUCCCAUCGUGAUUUGAACAGCCGUAAUGUAUUGGUGAAAAAUGAUGGAACAUGUGUCAUCAGUGAUUUUGGUCUCUCCAUGAAACUAACUGGAAAUAGACUGGUGCGCCCUGGUGAGGAGGACAAUGCUGCAAUUAGUGAGGUUGGGACAAUCCGCUAUAUGGCCCCUGAAGUGCUGGAAGGAGCAGUGAACUUGAGGGAUUGUGAGUCAGCUCUGAAGCAAGUAGAUAUGUAUGCACUAGGUUUAAUCUACUGGGAGAUUUUUAUGAGAUGCACAGACCUGUUCCCAGGAGAAUCAGUACCAGAGUUUCAGACAGCAUUCCAAAUUGAAGUUGGAAAUCACCCCACUUUUGAAGAUAUGCAAGUCCUUGUUUCAAGGGAAAAGCAACGACCAAAAUUCCCAGAGGCCUGGAAAGAAAACAGCUUGGCUGUGAGGUCACUGAAAGAGACAAUCGAAGACUGUUGGGAUCAGGAUGCUGAAGCUCGGCUAACUGCUCAGUGUGCUGAAGAGAGGAUGCAAGAACUGAUGAUGAUUUGGGAAAGGAAUAAAUCAGUUAGCCCAACAGUUAACCCUAUGUCCACAGCUAUGCAGAAUGAACGAAACUUGUCACACCAUAGGCGUGUGCCCAAGAUCAGACCAUAUCAAGAUUACUCUUCCUCAUCUUACAUUGAGGACUCAAUUCACCACACUGAUAGCAUUGUGAAGAAUAUUUCCUCUGAGCUUUCAGUGUCAAGCACACCGCUGGCACUUGGAGAAAAGAACAGAAACUCCAUUAAUUACGAGCGACAGCAAGCACAAGCUCGUAUUCCUAGCCCAGAGACGAGUGUCACAAGCUUGUCAACUAAUACUACUGCCACCAACACAACCGGCCUCACCCCAAGCACUGGUAUGACCAUCAUAUCCGAGAUGCCUUAUUCAGGUGAAACAAACCUCAGCGCUACAAACAGUAUCCAACCGCUUGGGCUAACUCCUGUUUGUCUGCACCUAACAGAGGAGGACUUGGAGACCAACAAGCUAGAUCCAAAGGAAGUGGACAAGAACUUAAAAGAAAGCUCCGAUGAGAACCUGAUGGAGCAUUCCCUUAAGCAGUUCAGUGCACCCGAUCCACUCAGCAGCACGAGCUCUAGCUUGCUUUACCCACUGAUAAAACUAGCAGUAGAAGCGACAGGGCAACAGGACUUCACACAAGCUGGAAAUGGCCAAGCAUGUCUCAUUCCAGAUGUUCAGCCUGCUCAGGUUUACCCUCUUCCUAAGCAGCAGAACCUUCCAAAGAGGCCUACAACACUACCCUUAAACACCAAAAACUCAACAAAGGAGCCUCGGCUAAAAUUCGGAGGGAAGCACAAAUCAAACUUGAAGCAAGUAGAAACUGGAGUUGCCAAGAUGAACACUAUUAACGCUGCAGAACCUCAUGUGGUAACAGUUACCACGAAUGAAGUGGCAGGGAGGAGCCAUACCGUAAACUCUCAUGUUGUGCCAACUCAGUAUGCCAAUGGUUCUGUGCCAUCUGGUCAAGCAAGCAGUUCCGGGGCACACAGAGCCCAGGAAAUGCUGCAGAACCAAUUUAGUGGGGAAGACAGUCGUCUGAAUAUCAACUCAAGCCCUGAUGAGCAUGAGCCUUUAUUAAGAAGGGAGCAGCAAGUCAGCCAUGAUGAAAGCAUUCUGGAUCGUCUGGUCGAUAGGAGAGAACGGUCGCUGGAUAAUGGCCGAACAAAUGCCAACAACAACAACAACAGUAACCCGUGUCCAGGGCAAGAUGUGCCUGUCCUUCGAAACCAGGGGGCAGCCCCAAGUUCUGGACAGGUCUACACCAGAAGAGCACAGAGGCCUAACUCACUGGAUCUGUCAUCUACAAAUAUUCUAGACGGAUGUAGUAUGCAGUUGAGUGAGUCAUCUCUAGAUGGCAAACCCGGCUCAGGAGAAAAGAUUAAGAAACGUGUGAAAACACCAUAUUCCCUUAAGCGAUGGCGCCCUUCAACAUGGGUCAUCUCCACAGAACCACUGGACAGUGAGGUCAACAACAAUGGUAGUGAUAGGGUGGUUAGUUCUAAGUCCAGCACAGCUGUUUACCUUGUAGAAGGAGGUACUGCUACAACUAUGGUGUCUAAGGAUACAGGAGUGAACUGCCUGUGAAUGGUUUAAAAGCUGACAAAAAUUGACAUUUUUGCAUUCUGUUAAACAUGCAGAAGACAAUUUUUUUAAAAAAAGAAAACUCUGCUUUCUGCUGUCAGCAUCCCUUACUGAGGACUUGCUUUAAAUAGAUUUCAGCUAUGCAGACAAUUUUUAGCUUAUGCUUCCAUGUUUUUAAUUUUGUUCUUUUUUUAAAAAAACAUUUUUGCACUUUUUAUUUAGUAUUGCAAAAUUACAUCUGCCUGUCCUUGACCACAGAAUUAUAUAUAUGUGUAUCAAAGACUGUGGUCUCAAAAUAUUUUUUUUAAAAACAAAAGCAAAAAAUACGAAUUGCUGAUAAUCAGUUUGGACCAGUUUCUAAAGGUCACUAAACACGUAAGCCAGUUGGCAAGAAUGGUGUCUGCUAUUCAUGUUUUGAGUUCUGUGCACAAGCUCAUUUGUAUGUUUCUGUGUGAGUGGUUUUCACUUGUGUUUUGUUGAAAUGUGCAAUAGUCUGCAGUUCACAGUAUGCUUUGUGUUUUCAACCAUACUACACAUUCUCCCUUCUGGAAUUGAACAUUUUUUUUAAUUUAAUCUAAUAAUUUGGCGACCAGUGGUUUCCAGCUGUGACAUCUGCACAGCAUAAUCAGCUUUGAAGCAGCUGCUUGCAUCUAUAAGUAUGCGUGCUCUAAAGUCAUAGAUAAUGCAUGAGUUUUCCUGCCUUGAAAGGGCUUAAUAUGAAACAGAAACAAAAAGAACAAACCGUUUACAGUGGUGCCCUGCUUGACAACGAUAAUCCGUUCCAGCAAAAUCGCCAUUUUGCGAUGCCUUUAAAGCGAAGAAUCGGUCCUGAAAACAGCAGGGGGCCAUUUUGCGACCUGCUGAUCAG